CCUACACCUUUGCGACAUGCUCUUAUUGAAGAAACCUUUCGUGACGUUUGGAGGACAUCGUGCGAAGUAAGCUAGCUAAAGCGAGUUAGCCGCUACGUUCAACAGUUUCACAACACAUCUGCUGGUCGUUGACAUCAUCAUUUACGUAGGCUGAAUCUGUGAGCCGUGCAGAGGCGUCGUCGUCGCCGUCGUCGUCAACAUGGGAGAACGAAAAGGAACAAACAAGUACUACCCGCCGGACUUUGACCCGGCUAAGCACGGCUCUCUCAAUGGCUACCACAAAACACACGCCCUGCGGGAGCGGGCCAGGAAGCUCUCCCAAGGCAUCCUCAUCAUCAGGUUUGAAAUGCCGUACAACAUUUGGUGCGACGGCUGCAAGAACCACAUCGGCAUGGGCGUCCGGUACAAUGCGGAGAAGAAGAAAGUGGGCAACUACUUUACGACGCCCAUCUACAGAUUCCGUAUGAAGUGCCACCUGUGCGUCAACUACAUCGAGAUGCAGACGGACCCGGCCGCCUGCGACUACGUCAUCGUCAGCGGCGCCAGCAGGAAGGAGGAGCGAUGGGACAUGGCCGAUAACGAGCAGAUACUCACUACCGAGCGAGAAGAGAAGGAGAAGCUGGAGACGGACGCCAUGUUCAAGCUGGACCACGGCGGCAAGGACAAGGAGAAGCUCAACAAGGCUCUUCCUUCACUUGCGGAGCUGCAGGACUACCGGGCCGCAUGGAAGGACGACUUCCAGCUGAACAGCGCCCUGCGCAGGAAGUUCAGGUUGGAGAAGAAGGGGAUUGCGGAGAAAAAGGAGAAGGAUGACGCUGUGAGGGCGCGGACCAACCUGAACAUCCCGCUCUUGCCUGAGCGCGAGGAGGACAAGAGGCUGGCGGCGCUGCUCAGCUUACAGACGCCGCCUGACUCUUACGAGGACAAGCAACGCAGCAAACGGGAGGAGAUCGCCACACGCUCCUGGUUCAGCUCCACUCCAGGAGGCACCGCUGGCGCCUCGGGCGCAAGCGCCUCCGGGGCUCUGCUCCACAAGCUGGGUCUGCAGGCCAAGGCGGCGGCCGUGGCCAAAGCGCUGGGCGCCCCGCGGACCCCCCUGGUCCGCAGGAAGUCAGACCUCCAGGAACCAUCAAGGGCUGAGCAGGACACGGGUUCCGGCUCCCUGGUGCCCUGUUACAGUGACUCGGACUCUGACGGGAAGUGAACCUUAUCUGAUGACCCCUUGCUACCAGAUUGUGGGGAUUUCCCUGCGUUCCAUUUGGAACAAACGGCACAAACAAAUGAAAAAAAAAACACUUUUGCUCCCACUGAUUGAUUGUUGGGAUUAUUAUUAUUUUUUUUACAGUCAGGAAGAUGAAGAGCUCGGUCCUGUUUGCAAUUUGAAAACCAUUGCUGUGGGAAAUGACAGAGCAAUGUCAAAACACAGACUAUUGGUACUUUUUGAAUUUGGGGCCGGUCAACAUCCCAGUAAGCAUGAGUGCACAAUGUCCAAGGCCAGAUUGUGCAAGUCACCAUUUGGUAACCGUGUUCUGGACUUUCCGCCGUUGAGUCACGUUGCUUGUUCAAUGUUUGGAUUUCCAAUGUCAAAUGUUUCAAAGGCUUUUUUGAAUGUUAGUCCCAUUUGAAAACAUAGCAAGUAAACGUCUCACUCUGGACA